CAGGAGAUGGGGCACCCUCCAGACACCCACAGUGUCCGCACCCCAGCGGGCACCACAGCCGCUCCUGGGCUCACACCGGACCUCACCACCCCCAUCCCCUGGCUCCGCUGGGCACUCGUGGCCGCCGCCGUGGUAGCGGGCAUCCUCCUCGCUUCCUGCCUGCUCUGCACCGUCCGCUGCUGCCACCGUGGGCGCCGCAGGAAGAGGCCCAGAGACAAGGAGGCUGUGGUCCCAGGCACCGCCGAGCUCACCACCACCACCCACCUGGUGCAGCCGGAGUUGGGUAACGUGGCAUCUGGACCUGGAGGGGCCCAGCAGUGGGGACGCCUGCAGCUGUCCCUGGAGUACAACUCUGGAAGCCAGGAGAUCAGGGUGGGCCUCAAGCAGGCCGCGGACCUGAGGCCCAGGGCCCCGGGCGGCACGGCGGACCCCUACGCCCGCCUGAGCCUGUCCCCAGACGCCGGGCGCGUGCACGAGACGAAGGUGCGUCGUGGCACGCUGUGCCCCGUGUUCGAGGAGACCUGCUCCUUCCACGUGCUGCCUGCGGAGCUGCCCAGGACCACCCUGCGCGUGCUGCUCCGGGACCACAGGCGCCUCUCCCAGCACCGACCGAUGGGCGUGCUCAGCCUGCCGCUGGGCUCCGUGGACCUCCAGCACGUGCUGGAGCUCUGGCACCCGCUGGGCCCGCCCGCCGCGGCCGAGCCUGAGCAGACGGAGGAGCUCUGCUUCUCGCUCCGCUACGUGCCCGGCUCGGGCCGGCUGACCGUGGUCGUGCUGGAGGCCCGAGGCCUGAGCCCGGCGCUGGCAGACCCCUAUGUGAAGAUCCAGCUCAUGCUGAACCAGAGGAAGUGGAAAAGGAGAAAGACGUCGGCUAGGAAGGGCACGGCCACCCCUUACUUCAACGAGGGCUUCACCUUCCUCGUGCCCUUCAGCCAGAUCCAGAGCGUGGAUCUGGUGCUGGCCGUCUGGGCCCGGGGCCCACAGCUGCGGGCCGAGCCUGUCGGCAAGGUGCUGCUGGGCGCCCGGGCCUCUGGACAGCCUCUCCAGCACUGGGCGGACAUGCUGGCCCAGGCCCGGCGGCCCGUCGCCCAGUGGCACCGCCUGCAGCCAGCCAGGGAGGUGGACCAGGCCCUGGCCUUGCAGGGCAGCCCUGAGCCUGGGCCUCCCCGUGCGCAUUGCCCCAGGGCCCGCGGUAAUAAACGCCUCCCCUCCACCGUGUGUCCUUCCUGA